CGCGUGUGGAGGGAGCACAGAGCGCAUGCGCAAAGGCUGCGUUUUUUGGACCAAAACACGAGGACGGCAGUGAGUUAGGACGGUUGAGCUAAACGCUCUAAUAUGACAGCUAAGGCGAGCGGAAAAAUACGUCUCGUCUCGUUAAGGGGUUUCAUUUUUAGUCUUAACACAUAACUGCAAUUCAUGCUAGAGAUCCUCCAAUAAUGCCAGCCGGAGUGAACGCGCAAGCUGCUGGGAUCCCCAUGUCCGAUGCUAUGGGGUCUUUCAAAAGGAGGAAGAGAAAGUCCAUUACUGUGACUGCAUUGUUAUUUGUAGUGUCUAUACUUAUACUAAUCUUUGGCUUGGCUGCCACCACAAGGACAAAGAACAUUACAGUUGGAGGCUACUAUCCUGGAGUCAUUCUUGGUUUUGGCUCCUUUCUCGGAAUCAUUGGGGCUCAUUUAAUUGAGAAUAAGAGGCAGAUGCUGGUAGCUUCCAUCGUCUUUAUCAGCUUUGGUGUGGUGGCUUCAUUAUGUUGUGCGAUAGUGGAUGGCGUUUUUGCUGCAAGACACAUCGACCUCCGACCUGUUUAUGCUGGUCGAUGUGAAUACUACUCCAGUGUAACAGCCUUUGAUGUGGAUGUUCACUGCCAGACAGCGUCGCGUGUAUCAUGUAACCUGCGUGUGAAGAGUAAGACAUGCUACUGCUGUGACCUCUACAACUGUGGGAAAGAACAUCCUCUUUUGGGACUUCAGAGUAAAGAUGUUUUGAAAAAAAUUAGGAAAACGUCCAUGAUUUGGAACCAUGUUGACCCCAGAGGAGGCUACCAUGAGUACACAGAUGUGCACAGUUGCCAAGAUGUUGUGUACCUUUACCACCUGUUGUGGUCUGCCACCAUUCUCAACAUCAUUGCCUUCUUCCUGGGUAUCAUCACAGCAGCAGUGCUCGGAACCUUCAAGGACAUGAUGCCAUCUACAGCCCCUGACACAUGUGAACCAGAUUCUCUGGCUACCCCAGCAGCCCCUGAGGCUCAUGCCCCAACCACCCCCAACUCCUUCUACAACACUGCCCCCUGCCUGCCACCUUAUACUGCCUACGACCUCCAGGUUUCCAACAUGUUUCCUGACUCUUCUGGCCUAUCUGAUGACUCACAGUCUGGAGCCAGUCACAUGUGGCCCACUAUGAUUCCUCCACGCUAUUCUCCUCCUUAUUAUCCACCCGAUGAUAAACCUCCACCGUACAGUCCUUAAAGGACACCAAAAAGAGUCAUGGUAUUACUGGCAAUAGGCCCUAAGGAUUGAGGCGUGAAUGGGCAUACAUACCUUAAAAACAGAUCCUGCUGCUGUGGAGGGUCACUGCACAGGCAAUCCUGCUGAUGUGAUGUCUGUUGAACGGAAGCAGAUCGUAGCAGAAGCUGAAUGUUCAUCUCUACAAAGCAGAUCUACACAGUUGUCCUGUUUAGGUACACUAGGCAGCCUCAUGACUCCACGCUAAAACUAACAUCAAGACUGUUCACAAAUAUGCCUUAAAAGUGUCAUUAUGCUCCUGUCAUGAGUCUUGUCUGUGAGCUGUUUGGACACAGUGACUCUGCCACCAUGCAUCUCCCUUGCCAUAUUAAGUGACUGUUUCCAAAGUGGCACAGUGUGUGCUGUUUGUUUUUGGCUCACCUCAGCCAAAGAGAAAUAAGAAGACUUGUAUGUAUGUCUGUCUGUAUGUAAUGUCUUGUUUAUUUGCACUUUACUGUACAUGAAUAUAACUGUAAAACAUCAAGCUACAUAAUCCUUCCUUGUCAGUUCGGGCAGCUAGAAAUAAGCAUAUGGAGCCCACAGCAUACUUCUACUAUUGUCAAAGCAGGAUAAAAGAUGGUCAUUUUAUUUAAUACCUCACCCAGGUACAAAUAAUAUGAAUUGUGCAAUCAUAUGUUCAAUCACCUGCAGUGUAAAUAUCCUUUUAAUGAUUUUUAAAUAAUCCUAUUACAAUGACAGAUUUCAAAAUGAAAGAUUUGUAAAUAGAACAUGCAGAUAGAUCCUUAGAUCACCUCUGAGAGUUAUCUCAGGUUUGUAAAUAUAGACUCGCAACUUAUUAAAAAGUGGCAACACAUGAAAUAUUUCAGAACAUUACACGAGAUGCAGAUUUAAUAGGUUAAAACAUUGUUACUGCAGUGACAAAGUAAAUUCCACAUAACAUGUACACUUAAGCUGUCCAUGUAUGACCUAGUGUUACAUGUUUAAUGUACCGGAACAGUUCAUACUGCCUUCUUAAUGUACAUUUAAAUCAUAUCUUAAAAGGUGUCUGUUCACUGUGAUUAGUCUAUAGAUUUAGAUGUAUUUGAUGUUUUUUUUUACUUAUUUAUUUUAAAUGUACAGAUCUGUUAGCAAAAUCUGUAGAUGGCAGAAACACAAAAAUUAACAGGAAUCACAUACGAUCCUUUCUGUGUCUGUUUAAAAUACAUUUUGUGUGUAUUAAUAUUACCUUUGUACUGCAGAGCUGGAUCUGGUGGUUCCAAACAAAAACAGACAACAGUGUAGACCAG